AUGUAUGAAAAAAACGUUUCGCGUACGUCUUCCUUUUUCACUCCACACGAAGAGGCUGAUGACGAUGACUCCGUGGUUGUGAAUUCUUUGAAUACCCAGAUUGACACCCAGAAGCUUAUCAGGGACUUGAGUCAGGAGUUAAAGAAAACGUUCCGGGAAGAAAUCGUUAAUCUAGAAACUUCAAUUGAUUUCCUGGGUGAUCAGCUGAGUACUAUUGAUCAAACCCUAAAAAAAUACGAUAACAAAAUAAAAGAACUCGAAAAUAAAAACCAAGACCUACAAAAUAAGAACAAAAACCUUGAACUUAGAGUGAGCAUAGUAGAGCAAGAAAUAAAAACGUAUCAGCAGAAAUCUUUAUCAAAUAUGGUAGAAAUCGCAGGCAUUCCUGAGGCUUCCCUCAAAGACGUUAAUAAAGUCCUAGAAACGCUGGCUUCAGAACUAAAUACUAAGGUGAGCGACAUUCAAUCUUCGCAACGCUUGCCGAGCUCUAAGGACCGCCCUAAUCCAAUCCUCGUUGAAAUGAAAACAAAGGCAGCCCAAAAACAAUGGAUUAAAGCUGUUAAAGAGAAAUGUCUCUCCGUGGGAACUAUCCUACCAAACUCGCCGAAGGAAGUAGCUGAACAGCGAGUGUACAUCAGGGAGGCUCUUACUAAGUAUUUAAAAACUCUACUAUAUAACACCAAAGCGAAAUUUAGUAAAAUAGUCCAAUAUAUUUGGUGUAAGGACGGUAAAGUACUUGUCAGGAAAGGUCCUAAUACUAAAAUUUACUAUAUUUGUACAGGUAAUGAUAUUGAAUUACUCCUAAAACAAUUAGAUAGCUCGAAAACCUUGUAA